AUGUUCAUGGCCGAGUAUUUCAUCAGCGGCUUCGGACUCAUCUCACCAACCCUCGCAAAAGCACUCGAGAUCCCAGCAGGUCAACGGAUCUGGCCAGCAAGUAGCUUUUCUCUUGUAGCCGGUGCGGUUCUACUGCCAUUCUCAAGAAUCGCCGAUGUCUGGGGUAGCUACCGCGUCUUCAUCGCUGGCCUCUUUUGGUUCGCAAUUUGGUCUUUGGUCUGCGGUUUCAGCCAGAAUUACACCAUGCUAAUCAUUUUUCGAGCAAUUCAAGGGUUCGGGCCCGCCGCCUUCCUCCCAUCUGGAGUCAUGCUCCUGGGCAGCAUCUAUCGACCUGGCCCGCGUAAAAACCUUGUCUUCAGCCUCUACGGCGCUCUAUCACCUGUCGGCUUUUUCGCUGGUAUUCUCUCGAGUGGCAUCACUGACCAGUAUCUCUCAUGGAGAUGGUACUUCUGGAUCGGAGGAAUCAUCCUCUUUGUCGUUGCACCUCUCGCCCUUCUAGCUGCACCACAGGAAUUGGUGCUGACCAAAGACUCGAGAAUGGAUUGGUGGGGUGUAUGCACAUUGGUCCCAGGUCUGCUCCUCAUUGUUUACGCCUUGACCGACAGCGCACACACCGCGCGCGGAUGGUCAGCACCUCAAAUCUAUGUCACUUUCAUCCUUGGGUGCCUCUGCUUGCUCAUCGCAGUCUAUUUAGAAGGUUGGGUUGCAGAGCAGCCUUUGCUGCCCGCAGAUCUAUUCCAAACCUCAUGCAUGGUACCGCUUCUCGUGUCAUUAUUCCUGUCAUUUGGCGUCUUCGGCAUCUAUCUCAUCUACGCUGGAUUCUAG